GUGGAAACAUGAUAUAUGGGUAAAUAUAUUAUAACUACUUUUAAAUAGAUCAGCAGAUUCUGAAAUAGAAAGUCAAUGUGUCUAUAUGUAUGUAGAUAUCCAUAGUGGGCUCAUAUGAAGGGGAUGUUCUUAUUUUAUAUCUAAUCAAUUCGAUGAAUUACUUCUAAGGGUUCACAUCAUAAUAGUGCUAGUUGAUGAGAGUUACUUCGGGAACAAAAAUAAAAUAAAGUAAUUUUUUGUUAUUCUCUCAAUUCCAAUAAAAUGAAACUGGAUCUAGUAUGAACUGGCGAUCAGAACGUAUAUGGAUAGAACUUAUAGCGGGGUCUCGAAAAACAAGUAAUUUCUGCUGGGCCUUUAUCCUUUUUUUAGGUUCAUUAGGGUUCUUAUUGGUUGGAACUUCCAGUUAUCUUGGUAGGAAUCUGAUAUCCUUAUUUCCGUCUCAGCAAAUGAUUUUUUUUCCACAAGGGAUUGUGAUGUCUUUCUAUGGUAUCGCAGGUCUGUUCAUUAGCUCCUAUUUGUGGUGCACAAUUUCGUGGAAUGUAGGUAGUGGUUAUGAUCGAUUCGAUAGAAAAGAAGGAAUAGUGUGUAUUUUUCGUUGGGGUUUUCCUGGAAAAAAUCGUCGCAUCUUCCUUCGAUUCUUUAUGAAAGAUAUCCAGUCGAUCAGAAUCGAAGUUAAAGAGAGUCUUUAUCCUCGCCGUGUUCUUUAUAUGGAAAUCAGGGGCCAGGGAGCCGUUCCCUUGACUCGUACUGAUGAGAAUUUGACUCCACGAGAACUUGAACAAAAAGCUGCUGAAUUGGCCUAUUUCUUGCGCGUACCAAUUGAAGUAUUUUGAAAUAAUAAUGAAUGCUUUUUCAGCAUGAGGGAAAGAACUCAAGAAUCCUCUUUUUUUUUAUACCUUAACUGAAGUUUCUUCAGAACGCUCAUUUCAGCGCAAAGGCAGACGUAUAUGGAACACCCAUAAAACGAAGCAGUUUUUGUCCACCAAAACGAUUUUUUAUGCGUAUCGAAAUCACUUCAAUUCCUUCAUACUAGUAACAAGUCUAAUCUAAUAAAUAUGGAUUCAUCACAUAUAACAUAUAUCAGAAUAUUUCAGAAUACAGAAUUCCUCUUUUUAUUUUUAGGUUCAAUAUUUUGAAUAGAUACGUUAAAUGUUAAAUACAGAUGGAUCAUAUCUUGUAAAUUAUUUCUCUUUUGUCAAUCGAUCUUUCUUUUUAUCCCCCCUUUUUUGCUUUGCUCCUUCGAGUGAUGACCAAACGAUUGGAUCUCUUAUAACUAUAAGCAUCCAAUUUAUUUCUUUCUUUCCCUUGCCACCCAUGUGUGAUUUCAUCAUCACAUCAAUAUUUUUCAGAAAUUCCCUCACUUAUUCCUGUGCUAUGGGUAGCCAGUGAAACUUUUCGAAAUAUUUGAAUUAAGGGGAGUUCUUUCGUCUCGAAAUCUAAAUAAUAUUCAUUACUCUUUCGGGCAUUUCUCGAAAGGAUACAAUUACUUGGAAUUUGACCAAUUGAGAUAUCCGGAAACAAUAUUUUAUUAUUUCUUCAUUCGAGAAAGAGAUCUUUAUUCUAUUUCUAUAUUAUUUCUAGAUCCAAGGACUAACCAAUUAAUUAGAAAUAAAAAAAGAGGGAAUAGAUCCAUAGGUUCGAUACCUUGUUAUAGAACUUAUGCUUGAUAGAAAUAUCAGAUCGGAUAGAGUCGACAAAUGAGGUGGGUUCAUUAACGAUUCACAGAUUAAAAAUGCCAAAAAAGAAAGCAUUCACUCCCCUCCCAUAUCUUGCAUCUAUAGUCUUUUUACCCUGGUGGAUCUCUCUCUCAUUUAAUAAAAGUCUGGAAUCUUGGAUUACUAAUUGGUGGAAUACUAGGCAAUCCGAAACUUCUUUGAAUGAUAGUCAAGAAAAGAACGUUCUAGAAAAAUUUAUAGAAUUAGAAGAACUAUUCCUCUUGGACGAAAUGAUAAAGGAAUAUCCAGAGACCCAUAUACAAAAGCUUCGUAUAGGAAUUCACAAAGAAACGAUACAAUUGGUCAAGAUGCACAAUGAGGGUCAUAUCCAUACUAUUUUGCACUUCUCGACAAAUAUAAUCUCUUUAGCUAUUCUAAGUGGUUAUUCUAUUCUGGGUAAUGAAAAACUUGUCAUUCUGAAUUCUUGGCUUCAGGAAUUCCUAUAUAACUUAAGCGACACAAUAAAAGCUUUUUCUAUUCUUUUAUUAACAGAUUUAUGUAUCGGAUUCCACUCGCCCCAUGGUUGGGAACUAAUGAUUGGCUCUGUUUCCAAAGAUUUGGGAUUUGCUCAUAACGAUCAAAUUCUAUCUGGUCUUGUUUCCACUUUUCCAGUUAUUCUAGAUACAAUUUUCAAAUAUUGGAUCUUCCGUUAUUUAAAUCGUGUAUCUCCGUCACUUGUAGUGAUUUAUCAUUCAAUGAAUGACUGAAAAAAGGUCCACCGUCAUUAAUCUAAUCAUAAUCUUUGUUACUUUGUACAUAAAGAAAGCAUUAAAAAUCUUAUGCACUCUUUAUCUUUCUACCCGCACAGGGUAUUCUUCCUAUAUUCCAGGAAAACU